CGUGUUAAAUUUUAUCCCGAAAACAUCAUAUUCGUGAUAGCGAAGCGCUACGCUAUAUAAAUAUGGGUUGCACAUCGUCGCUAGUUGUAGCAAAUAAAAAAGAAAAACUAAAACACAUGUGUUCUCAAAGUCACAAAGCCAACAUCGUUUUAACUGAAAGUGACAAGCAUAGCAUUCAAAAGAGCUGGCAACUCGUGUCCAAUAACAUGCCGGCAGUCGGAGCCAAAAUAUUUCUACUCAUUUUCGCCCUGAAUCCGCACGUGAAGAAACUAUUUCCGUUCCGCGACGUUCCGGAUGACUUAUGUGUGCGAGACAAAGAUUUCCGCGGACACGCCUCGAGAUUCAUGCAAGCGGUAGGAGCGGCAGUCGACAAUAUUGAUGACCUCGAAAACGCAAUGGCGCCUUUGCUGUUCGGGUUGGGACAGCAACACGUGCAUUACCAAGGGUUCAAGCCCGAGAACUUUGACAUUUUUGUUGCUGCGAUUUUAGAGGUGCUGCAACACGAGAUGGGUAGAAAAUUGACUGAUUCAAUGAAAGAAACAUGGCGGCGUGUGUUGGAAUUCAUGAUCAGUAAACUGAAAGACGGAUAUGAAAAUGCCAUGAAAACAAAAGUUAACCCAUUAUAACAGGUGUCAAUGUCGAAAUUAUACACGUUUACAUAAUUAUGAUUGUUUAACUAGUUAUAGAUUCUAUUUGUCCUAUUGGUUAUUGCUAUUAUUAAAGUUGAAAUGUGCACACCAUGUGUAAUUCCUCUUCUAAGUACAAAAUGCUACAUGUAUUUGUGAAAAUAGAUCC